AUGACGUUCAGCUUUACAUUGUGCGGGAUUGUUUGUUUGUUUUAUGGGCUUAUUGGUACAGUUUUGGGCAAUGCUCAAUGUCAUAUUUGUUUGGAGAAGCUUGGCGUACCUCAGACAGGAGAAGCAGGGCUGCCUGGUCCACAAGGGCCUCCGGGAAAGGCAGGACCUCCAGGAUCACCGUGCGGGUGUUCAGACCCUGCUUUUAAAGAUUUGAGGAAAGAUUUGGAAUAUCUUCGAAAUGAAUUGGCAGAUUUAAAAAAGCAUGCAAAAUUCAAACUCUUGACUUGGAGUAAUGCUAGCAAUGGGUUGGCUUAUCGAUUUUUUGAAGAGCAUGUAACAUAUUUACAAGCCAAGAAAAAUUGCGCAGCAGAGAACGCAAGAAUUGCAUCAGCGGGAAUAAGAAAACUGACUACACGAAAGGAGUUACUGAGUAGUAUAGCCGACACAGUGUCCUACUUGUGGGUUGGACUUGACGACUUGAACAGAGGAAGAAGGUGGAUUUGGUCAGAUGGAAUUCGUGACGUCAGAUACCGUCGCCACACUCUGUGGCGCAGUGGGGAACCAAACAACGCUCGGGGUAACGAACAUUGUGCUCUGAUGAAUAUCGUUCGCCACGUAACAGGGGAAGUAUCCUUGAACGACGUUCCUUGUGGCAUAGGCUACGCAAAUGCACCUUACAUAUGCGAGCGGGAACAAUAACCAUGUUAUAUUAAAAUCAUUCCAAGAUGAAUUUUUGCCCCAAGUUAAAUAUAUCACAUUGUGUAGCAAAUGUUGUAUAAAAUAGAUAGAUUUCAGAACGUGUAUUGUAUCAUUGAGUCCAAUGUAACCAAUGCAUUGUAUUACUGCUGUAGAAUUUUUCAGUAUUGGAAACUAUAAUAUUAAAUCAUAAAUUGCAGGCAGCGAUGGGUUUCAAAAUUUUAAAAACGGUUUCUUCUUCGUGUCGAACUCACUACCAGCAGGUUCCCCCAUUUUCAAAAUAUGGAUGUAUGCCACUAUUUGAGCUACAUCUACAUGACACGCGUUAUCUAAAUCUGAUAUAUAACUUUUGAAACAAAAACAAGUGUUGGUUUACAGAUUAUCACAACAUACAAAGAACCACUGAUUGUGACGUGGGAUACAAAUAAUAUUGAUUGCUAUAUCGAAAUUUACGAGUCAUUUUAACUCUGUGAGUAUCAGGUGAAACCUCCCGUUUCGAGUAUCGUACGGCAUAGGGGUUUUAGAGUUUGUUCAAAUAAAGGUCUGUCGAAUAGGCACACAAUAAGAUGAAAAUCAUUGUGUAAUGAUAUAUUCGGGUUCAUUUACCAACUUGUGACAAAGAUAAAUAUAUUAUGCCCGAGUAAGCAAUUUUGAAUUGAAGAUUAAAUAUGCAGUAAAACAAUGCAGCAAAUCAACUAAAUUUUCGAGAGAUUUCAAAACAUUAUUUAGUCAUAAGUUUUUUAUUGGUAAUAUUCAUCAAAAUUGCAAUG